CGCAAAGAGCAAUCCAUUAUCAACGAACGACAACGAUUGGUUUUUCAAAAUAUUGAUCGCCAUUCCUCGCCUGCAACAUAAUACAGUUCGCAGGCGGGAGAAGCUGGAUGUGUUUGACGUACCUAAUUUGUGUAUGGAUUGUUGUGUCAAAUAUUCUCGUGUGAAUAAAUUGUUGGAACAGAGUUAGGUCGAGUGCUAAGUGUCAAAGAUGAGUGGCGUGGAAAAUGCAUCCAGCAAUUCCGAAACGGAAUUCGAACAAGAUUGUGUGAUGCCAGUCAGAUCGUCAAACCCGAUUCGCGCCAGAAGUCUCAUCCGGAACAACUUGGAGAAGUCUAGCAGCAACCCCCAGCAGCAGCAGCCGCAGCACCUGCAAUCCAGAAUGCCUAACAUCAAGGUCUUCUCCGGCUCGUCCCAUCCGGAUCUGGCGUCGCGCAUCGUGGACCGCCUCGGCAUCGAUCUCGGAAAGGUGGUCACCAAGAAGUUCAGCAAUCUGGAAACAUGCGUCGAAAUCGGCGAAUCCGUCCGCGGUGAAGAUGUCUACAUCGUUCAGUCCGGAUCCGGUGAGAUCAACGACAACCUGAUGGAGCUGCUGAUUAUGAUCAAUGCGUGCAAGAUCGCUUCCGCUUCCCGUGUGACCGCUGUGAUACCCUGCUUCCCGUACGCCCGCCAGGACAAAAAGGAUAAGGCAGGCGAUGAAAAGCUGGCCAUGUUGAUGAAAACCCAUGAGUGGAAGUUUCGGAGCCGUGCUCCCAUUUCGGCCAAAUUGGUGGCGAACAUGCUGUCAGUGGCUGGCGCUGAUCACAUCAUCACGAUGGAUCUCCACGCUUCACAAAUCCAGGGUUUCUUCGACAUCCCGGUGGAUAACCUGUACGCCGAACCGGCGGUGCUCAAGUGGAUCCGCGAGAACAUUGCCGAGUGGCGAAACUCGAUCAUUGUGUCGCCGGAUGCCGGUGGUGCCAAGCGUGUGACGUCGAUUGCCGAUCGGCUUAACGUGGAAUUUGCUCUGAUUCACAAGGAGCGAAAGAAGGCCAACGAAGUGGCCUCCAUGGUGCUAGUUGGUGACGUGAAAGAUCGGGUGGCCAUCCUGGUGGACGAUAUGGCCGAUACGUGCGGCACCAUUUGCCACGCGGCGGAGAAGCUAAGGGAAGCCGGUGCCACCAAGGUGUACGCCAUUCUCACUCAUGGAAUAUUCAGCGGUCCGGCUGUGUCGCGGAUAAACAAUGCUUGCUUCGAGGCUGUAGUUGUUACGAAUACCAUACCUCAGGAUGGGCACAUGAAGGAUUGUCCCAAGAUUCAGUGCAUUGAUGUUUCCAUGAUGUUCGCUGAAGCGGUUCGCCGGACGCACAACGGCGAAAGUGUGUCCUAUCUGUUUUCGAACGUUCCCUACUAAACACAUAUGACGCGUUUGUACCUGGACAAUGCUGGGAUGGGAGGGCGUGAAAAGCAAAGGAAAAACAAAAUGAUUUGAGUCGCGAAAAUCGUGAUCGCCAUUUUUUUUUUCUAACAUUUAUUUUAUCAUCGUAUAUUUUUGCAGCAAAAGAGAAAGUGCACACAUUUAUACAAACACGACCAUUAUAUACUUUUUUGGCUAUUAAAAAAAGACUCGGAAGUUUCUCAAAACUAUUCUUGAGAAGUAAUCUGAAGCAAUUGGAUUUAAGCUAAAAGAAAAACGAUUCCGCAAUCCCCGGAUUAACUAAUAUCUCAAAUAUCGUGAAGGCAAAGACUAGACAAACAGAGGCACCGUUUUCGGCACAGCAUGUUCAAUGCCACAGCUCCGAAUCGGCCCACUAUUAUUGGUUGCCUUCCUUAGAGGCAGGUAGCCCAUCAGAGCCAUUUCCCCAAUUUCGUGCAAAGCACGAUCUUUUUUCCGUUUGUUAUUUAGAGAAAUCCUUGAAGAACAGAUUUUGACGAAUGUAUCAACAAAGCACCGAAAGGGGAUAUCCUUCCUCUUACAAACACAUCCUAUAGAAAUAGUUUCGUUAUAGUGAGUGAGCCAAAUGCCAGCGAAUGCCGGAUCGAGACUCUUAUUAAUUUCAGUUGUGGAAUUGGUUUUAAUUGGAGAACUAUGAAUAGACGAUAAAAAAACGUGGAUUAUAAAUUUAAAUCAAACUAUUAUGUAAGGUACAACAACAAACAAACAGUUCUAAUUUUUACGCUAUUUGCUAUGAAACAGGAGAGAAAUAAAAAAAGAUAGUAUUACACUAGUAAAUGG